CUCCCGCACCUCCCCGGCGCGCGCCCGCCCGCCCGCUCGCCCCCGGCCCCGGCUCCUCCUCCCUCCUCUUCUCGCCAUUGCAGUUGGACUCAGCCGCCCGGCGCGUACCGCGUGGCUUUUGGGGGGAGACCCCGGUGGGCUGUGGCAGGAGGGCGGCGGCGGAGGCUCCGAAAGGGGAAGGGGACGCCGACAAGGAUCCCUGGAUAAGGCCUUCAGAUAGUUGAAGUAUUGAUAACACCAAGGAAAUCUGUGACAGUUUGAAAAGAUAAGCAAAAGUUUGAUUUCCAGACACUACAGAAAAAGAAGUAAAAAUGGCAUUGUAUCAUCAUCACUUCAUCACAAGAAGAAGAAGGCGUCCUAUGCGAAUUUUUGUGAAUGAUGAUCGCCACGUGAUGGCCAAGCAUUCUUCGGUUUAUCCAACUCAAGAGGAACUGGAGGCAGUGCAGAACAUGGUGUCCCAUACUGAGCGGGCCCUCAAAGCUGUGUCCGAUUGGAUUGAUGAGCAGGAGAAGGGCAGUGGCGAGCAUGCUGAGUCUGACAACAUGGAUGUGCCCCCAGACGAUGAAAGCAAAGAAGGGGCAGGGGAACAGAAGGCAGAACACAUGACCAGGACUCUGCGGGGUGUGAUGCGGGUUGGCCUUGUGGCAAAGGGCCUUCUCCUGAAGGGAGACUUGGAUCUGGAGCUGGUGCUGCUAUGUAAGGAGAAGCCCACAACUGCCCUCCUGGACAAAGUGGCUGACAACUUGGCCAUCCAGCUCGCUGCUGUAACAGAAGACAAGUACGAAAUACUUCAGUCUGUGGAUGAUGCUGCAAUUGUGAUAAAAAACACAAAAGAACCUCCAUUGUCCCUGACCAUCCACCUGACAUCCCCUGUUGUCAGAGAAGAAAUGGAAAAAGUAUUAGCUGGAGAAACGCUAUCAGUCAACGAUCCCCCGGAUGUUCUGGACAGGCAGAAAUGCCUUGCUGCCUUGGCGUCCCUCCGACACGCCAAAUGGUUCCAGGCCAGAGCCAACGGGCUGAAGUCAUGUGUCAUUGUCAUCCGAGUACUGAGGGAUCUAUGUACCCGUGUACCCACCUGGGGCCCCCUCAGAGGAUGGCCCCUGGAGCUCCUGUGUGAGAAGUCCAUUGGAACAGCCAAUAGGCCGAUGGGUGCCGGCGAGGCUCUGAGGAGAGUGCUGGAGUGCUUGGCGUCCGGCAUCGUGAUGCCAGAUGGUUCUGGCAUUUAUGACCCUUGUGAAAAAGAAGCCACUGAUGCUAUUGGGCAUCUAGACAGACAGCAACGGGAAGAUAUCACACAGAGUGCGCAGCAUGCACUUCGACUUGCUGCAUUUGGCCAGCUCCAUAAAGUACUGGGAAUGGACCCCCUGCCUUCCAAGAUGCCCAAGAAACCAAAGAAUGAGAACCCAGUGGAUUAUACCGUACAAAUCCCUCCCAGCACUACCUAUGCCAUUACGCCCAUGAAACGCCCAAUGGAAGAGGAUGGAGAAGAGAAGUCUCCCAGCAAGAAGAAGAAGAAGAUUCAAAAGAAAGAGGAGAAGGCUGAGCCUCCCCAAGCUAUGAAUGCUUUGAUGAGGUUGAACCAGCUGAAGCCAGGGUUGCAGUAUAAGCUGGUUUCCCAGACGGGCCCUGUUCAUGCCCCUAUCUUCACUAUGUCUGUGGAGGUAGAUGGAAGUUCAUUUGAGGCCUCUGGGCCAUCCAAAAAGACUGCCAAGCUGCACGUGGCCGUUAAGGUGUUACAGGACAUGGGCCUGCCAACAGGCGCUGAAGGCAGGGACUCCAGCAAGGGGGAAGACUCUGCUGAGGAGACCGACGCAAAGCCUGCGGUGGUGGCCCCACCUCCCGUGGUGGAAGCUGUCUCAACGCCCAGUGCUGCUUUUCCCUCAGAUGCAACUGCCGAGAACGUAAAACAGCAGGGGCCGAUCCUAACUAAACAUGGCAAGAACCCAGUUAUGGAGCUUAAUGAGAAGAGGCGCGGCCUCAAGUAUGAGCUCAUCUCAGAGACUGGGGGCAGCCACGACAAGCGCUUUGUCAUGGAGGUCGAGGUGGAUGGACAGAAGUUUCAAGGUGCUGGUUCAAAAAAGGUGGCAAAGGCAUAUGCUGCCCUUGCUGCUCUGGAAAAGCUUUUCCCCGAUGCGCCCCUUGCCCUUGAAGCCAACAAAAAAAAGAGAGCUCCAGUCCCUGUCAGAGGCGGACCUAAAUUUGCUGCCAAGCCACACAAUCCUGGCUUUGGCAUGGGAGGUCCCAUGCACAAUGAAGUGCCUCCGCCUCCGAACCUCCGAGGUCGGGGAAGAGGAGGCAACAUCCGUGGGCGAGGGAGAGGUAGAGGAUUUGGUGGCGCCAAUCAUGGAGGCUACAUGAAUGCAGGCGCUGGGUACGGGAGUUAUGGUUACGGAGGCAACUCAGCGACAGCAGGCUACAGUCAAUUCUACAGCAACGGAGGGCAUUCUGGGAAUGCUGGUGGUGGCGGCGGCGGGGGCGGUGGUGGCUCCUCCGGCUACGGCUCCUAUUACCAAGGGGACAACUACAACUCACCAGUACCCCCAAAACAUGCUGGGAAGAAACCACCACAUGGGGGCCAGCAGAAGCCCUCCUACAGCUCGGGCUACCAGUCCCACCAAGGCCAGCAGCAGUCGUACAACCAGAGCCAGUACAGCAACUACGGUCCCCCUCAGGGCAAACAGAAAGGCUAUAACCAUGGACAAGGCAACUACUCCUCCUACUCCAACUCCUACAACUCUCCCGGAGGCGGGGGCGGGUCAGACUACAACUACGAGAGCAAAUUCAACUACAGUGGUAGCGGAGGCCGAAGCGGCGGGAACAGCUAUGGCUCAGGCGGGUCAUCCUACAACCCAGGGUCACACGGGGGCUACGGUGGAGGCUCUGGGGGCGGCGGCUCAUAUCAAGGCAAACAAGGAGGCUACUCGUCACAGUCGAACUACAACUCCCCAGGGUCUGGCCAGAACUACAGCGGCCCUCCCGGCUCCUACCAGUCCUCACAGGGUGGCUAUGGCAGAAACGCAGACCACAGCAUGAACUACCAGUACAGAUAAAGGCCCUGGGGCUGCCCAUUUGUACCUUCUGCAUUUAUACCGUUGGAAGAUUCAGUUUUACGUAUCACAGUUACCAUGUCGGCCGGCCCUCCAGGCGCCCCCACCCGUCCACGUUGCUGUGUUGUGAGGUGCAGCGGUUCCUCAUGGGACCUGUGCUGUGACCCAUAUUUAGCCGUGUUUGGGACUCCGUGUCUUCAAUGGUUUGUUAGUUGCCAUUACAACCUUGUCUGGGUAGAGUUUUGCGUUCUUGCCGUUCAGUAUCCCUCUGUCUAUUUACACUUGGUGUUAGUGUUGACUCAGUUUGUCUUUAAAUAGUUACAGAAGGGAUACGUCAUCUGUUAAUGCUUUUGUGAAGUGAGUUAAAUGAGCUUUCUGUAUUUUAAUGCUUUAGUGUUUCAGUUUUAUAAGUGAAGAUUUUAUUUUAAAAAACAAUGGGAAAGAGUGGGGUUUUUGUAUGUCUGGCUCAUUCAGGCACUACAUCUGAAUACAGCUGACUGUAGACAAUAAAGAAAAAGAAAACUGCGCCUGCCUCAGGCCUGGGUGUCUGACCCUCCAGCAGGGCAAUGGGCAGGUUCCUCCACUCUGUUCCCGCUCUUGGGAAGCAGGCUGGGGAUGAUAGGACAGUGCCUGGUCAGCAUAGAGGGUUCAACUCCAAGCCUCCAGACAUUACUCACUGCUUGGCUAGGGUCACCAACCUGCUUACCUGAGACCUUGCCAACCCAGCGCACAGUGGGUUACAGAGCUCUAAUUCCUGGCACUGUGCUGUGGGCCCUCAAGGUUGGAUCAAAAAAUGGAAGCACAUUCUUUGCUGCUCCACAAAUUCUGGUGGUCGUAAGUGCAAUUUUAGAUCAUCAUGGAAUAAAAUGUCCCUGUAGAGUUCACAGUUACAGUGGUACAUGUACCCCCAGUUGGGAAAGGGCAGCUGUGACCCGGCUGAUGUAACCCAGCCACAGGGAGACUCACAUGGAGUGUUUGCUCUUUUUAGUUGUCCAGGCUUAUUCCAGCAAACUUCUCUGGAGCAGUGAUUUUCACACCCAAGGGAGAUUGUGCAACAUUUGAGGGACUUUUUUCAUAGCUGGAGAGAGGCUCCUGCAUCUCGUGGGUAGACACUAAGUAUGCUUCCAAACAUCCUGCACUGCAUGGAACAGUGCCCACUGCAGAGAACUGUGUUUCAAAAGUGUCAGCAGUGGAAGUGGAGAAAACCCACCCUAAGGUUGCCCUGCCCAUGGGAGGGGUGGGGGUGGGGGUGGUGGAGCAGCAGUCCAGGCUCCAGUUCAGCCUGUUUGGGAAGAAACUGCACACCUCUCAACAGAGUUCCUCAGCCUUUCAGCUGCGCGCCGCCUCUCUCAUCUUCUGAGACCUGGUGCUGUUGACAGUCUGAACUCCAGGUGCCCCUUGACCUCCCCCAUGUGUGUAAUUGGCCACUGGGAGAAGCAAGAAAUAUUCUACACUGGAAAUCCCUCAGCCGACACAGCAAAUCAAGUACAUUUUUGAAGGAGUGAAAGUUGGCUUUCUUGGAUUGGUGAAAGAAAGGAAUCCUGUAUCAAAGGAGAAAAUAUUGGAGCAGUUCUUCUUUAUGCUGAUGUAGAGGAUGCCCAUAUACAGUGUGAAUCCAACCCAGGAAGAGGCAGGAAGGAGGACGUGACUACUCUACAUGAAGCCAAGAGGUGAUCCACAAUUGGAGCUUUCAAGUUAAGUGUCCCAGGAUCCCACCAAGGCACACAGUAUUAGAGAGAUGGACCCUACCAUGACACUGAUGGGAUGUGUCCAUAAUCUGCUUCUCCCAGCCAUGUCCAGGGGCUGGGACAAGAAGAAACUGAUUGGCACUUUGAGAGAGAACAUGGAGUGGAGGAAGCCGCAUUGCUCAGAAAUCCCUGGGAGAGACUGACCCCAGCCCUACCUGCCAGGCACCACUAAGCCAGUCAAGCAUCUAUAACCUCAACCCAAGGGUUUUCUUUCCCAUUGAUUUUAAGUCAGCAACAACCACCACGUUCAAGUUUCUGAAUACAGACCCACCAAGAGGGAAGGAAUCACCCACCCACACCCCAGGAAUGUGGCAGUCUGUCCCAAAGACAGUUGGAGAGCACAAUACCCUUGGUAGCCUACCUGGAGCUGAUGAGCCUUCCAGCUGGUGACCCUGUGAUUCCAGGAAUCCAGUCUGGGGGAUUUUUGUUGGGCCCAGCAAAAGAUAGGCAAGAACUACCUUAAGAUGGAGAGACUCCUUGUGCAUCAUGACUCAGGUGGAUGGUGUCCAGCAUUUUGAAUCACCAGCAGUGGUUACCAAGAGAUUGAGUAGGUUUACUACUGCUGUUCAUGGAUCUGAUCAGGAUGAGGUACUUGGUGUGAGCUGGUGUCAGGGAUGGGGCAUGAGGCACACCACCCUGAUCGGCUCUGGAUGCUGCUGGUGGUGGGGAAGGAAACGAAAAGGAUCACACAAAGACAGAAGUGGUUGACAGUUGACAUUUGGGAGAGGGGCAGGGCCUUAGGGAAUUUGGACUUGUCCUUGAGUUCUGGAGGAAUAUUAGGAAUUGAUGACUAGGAAGGAAGGAAGAUCAGCCACAAUGAAGGACCCAGCAUUUCUACUUCCUUGGUUAAUCAGUGCCACCAGGCCCUGUUUUUUCUGUUCUGGGAGUUAUCACCCCGCUGCCUGAUCACCCUCUACUGUGGCAGGAAAGUGUACUCCUUGACUGCUUGCUGCACAUUCUUGUGUAGUUCAUAAAGGCUCAUCCCUGAAGCUCUAUGUGUACCUGGUUACUGCGACCUGGCUCUCUGCAGCUGGGGUGUUCAUCUGCACAUUCAGUCUUGGUGUUAGCUCCACACUGGCCAUGCAUUUUACAUAACCUGAGACUUCUGGAUAAAGUUUUGGGCAACAACCUUAUCGGAGGCUCAGAUACUCUAAUCGGUCCCAGAAUAAAGAGAGACUUCAUGUG